AUGGUUCGAUGGAGUGAUACGUUUUGGGGUGAAGGUAAUCGAGGUUUUGAAGUAUUAUCAACAAAUGUCAAAAAUGGCGCAAUAGCAAUCGAAGAAUUCCAACGAUUUCUAACUGAAAGUUCACAAUAUGAAUCAACAUAUUGUAAAAAUUUAUCACGUUUACAAUCACAAUUAUUAAAAGUUCAACAUGUUGGAACAUUUACACCAAUAUGGCAAUCAAUAAGAGAUUUAUUAGAAAAAGUAGCUUUAUCGCAUUCAACAACUGUAACAUAUUAUCAAGAGCUUUUACGUGAAAUUCAUAAUUAUCAUGAUUCAUAUCAAAAAAAAGUUAAAACAUCUAUACAAAAAGAUUCAGAUAUAUUACGUACAGCAGAUCUUGUUUCACAAUUAAAUAAUGCAUUAAAUACAUUAAAUAAAGCGAAAGAACAAUAUCAUUCGAUUGGUUUAGAUUAUGAACGUGCUAAACGUACAGGACAUAAUUUAACAAAUGGAACAUCAACACCAACACCACAAGAUAAUAGUACAACAAGUAGUCUUGCUCAAACAGCAUUUAAUACAUUAACAUCAUCAACAAGACAAUUUGAACGUUUAGAAAAAAAAUUUCGUCAGUCACAUGAUGAUUAUAAAACAUCAGUUGAAAAAUAUAAUUUAUUAAGAAAUGAAUUUGAAAAACGUUUUUAUGAUGCUUGUACAAAAUUUCAAGAAUUUGAAGGUGAACAUGUAGACAAAAUGCUUAGUUUCUCAUUAAAUUAUUCUGAAAUACUUAAACGUAAUAAUGAACAAACACGUAUAGCACAAAAUGAUUUUCAUGAAAAAAUAAAACAAUUUACCGGUACUGAUCUUAUUGAAACAUUUGUCGAACUGAAAAAAACAGGCAUAGAACGACCUGCAGCGAUACAAUUUGAAGAAUUAGAUAAUAUUAAAUCGUCAUUACAUUUAACAAAUCUUGCUUCAUCAAUAACACCCGAUACAGCAGCUGGUCUUUCGGAUGAAUUAAUUAUAUUUGAUCAACCCGAUCCAGGUGUACCAACAUUUUCAGCACAUUUUCCUGUAUCAUCACCAACAAUGCUAUCAGGUUGGCCAUCAACAACAAAUAUGAAAAAAACUGAAAGUAAUCGAGCUCAUCAUCCUCAUUAUAGAGUUUUACAUGCUCUGGCUCCAAAUCCUUCUAUCAAUCAACAACAUUUAUCAUCUAAUAAUCAAACAACAUCUUCGCUUUUUAAUAAUGCACCAAUGAGUCUUAGUAAUCCCAAUAAUCCACUGACACGUUUACAUGAACCUAGCAAUGAACAAACAUCUAAUCCAUUUGAUGUAAAAAUCAGACGACCAGCAUUCAAGGGAUUUUGGCCAUCAAAUCGUAAAGAUAAAAAAGAUAAAAAAAGUGAGAAAAAAACAUCAAAUAAUUCGAAAUCAACUAAAAAUGAUCAAACACCACGAUCACAACCUCAUGAUGAUAAUACUUCAAUUAAUUCAGCUAAUGAAACAAAUGAUUUUAAUAAAAUGAUGGGUAGUAUGGAUAAUAUUAAUGAAAUACCAACAAAUAUAGCAAAAAAUAAAUGUCCAACACCUGAACCAUAUACAAAAUCAAGUCCAACUAUUCCAAAUACUGGCAUUAAUCGACCAGGAUGUCAAAGUACAAUUCCAUUUUCAUCAUCAGCUAUGCGUAAAUCUACAAGUACAAGUGAUUCAAGUGAUGAUGAUGAUGAUUAUGAUCUUCCCCUAACAAAAAUACAAUUUAAAAUCAAUCCAACAACACAAAAAUCACCUAUAGCAGAAGAAAGUGAUGAUACAAAAAUUAGUAAUGUUAUGCGGCUCGUCGAUAAAAAUAUUGGACAUCUUGCUACAUAUUCUCGAGCAACAGGACGUAAAGUACCAGAUAUGAGUAAAUCUGUAUCUAGUGGACAAAUUGGUGCAAGAAUACCACCACCACUUCCAUCACGUCCAGCAUCAACACUCUCAACAAGUAUCACAACAGAUAAUAUUGGUCCUCUUCCAUCAUCUCCACCACACACAUCAUUAGUAAAUACAUUUGAUGGAAUUGAAUCACGUACAAAAUCAUUGAGUAUGUCUACAAAUCAUCAAGAAAAUAUCCCACCAGCACUUGUUAAUCCUCGGUCGAUGACAAUCACAACAGAAAUUAAUAAAACAACAUCUAUAUCAUCAACAGAGGAUGAUACUGAAGUAGCAAAUACAUUUCCUAUUGAAAAUUCAACAACAAGAACAGCUCCAUUUGCAGUUCCACGACCACCUCGAACUCGUCAAUCACUUCUUAAGAAUUUUUCUUCUGAAAAAAAUUUUUCUAUUUUUCAAUUACAUAAAUAUAAUCUUAAUAUGAAAAAAUCGAAAUCAGAUUUAAAUCAUCAUUUGACAUUUCAACAAAAAAAAUAUUCAUCAAAAAAAAUCUUUCAAAUACGAUUAUCACUUAUUGAACGUAUUCGUUCAAUUUGGAAAUUAUCAACAAAACAAUCACCAAUUAUUUUUCAAAAAAUUUCUCCACCAUUAAUUAGAUUGAAUAUACCAAUAACUACAAAGACAAGUUUUGGUUUUAUAACGAAUCAUAGUUUUAUUAAACAAUCAUCGAUUCAUUCAUUUCAUACAGCACGAGAAAGUUUAUCUAGUCUUUCAUUUAAUGAUGCAGAAUCGAUUUAUUCAUUAGAUAGUAUUCCAAUGAAUAAUAUAACUCUUCAAAAGACUAUCAAUUAUCAAUCGGAACUUCCUCCUCGACUUAUUCCUCCAUUGAAUAUUAAAUUAUGGCAUCGUACACGAACAUAUAGUGAUGAGCAACAACAACCCACUACAAGUAUAAGUGGCCCAACAAUUGCAAAUGGUCGUAUGACACCAUUUAUUGCUCCAAAUACUCCAGGUUUUUCAAAUAGUUUUACACCAUCAAUAGAUCAACGAAUGUCUCCAUUAACACUCGGUGCUACUGAUCAAAUUCCAAUAGCAGUUGCCUUCCAAGAAACAAUUCAUGUUAUGAUGUCUGGUGAUGAUCAAACCAAAUGGAAAAUUCGAAUUCUUGGUGAUAUGCUUGUUUCAUUUCCAGCUGCUAUUUUAAAUUUACUUGUUGAUUCAUCACCACAUUUAAAUACAUUAGAAUUUCGUUUACAAAAUUUAAAUAGAGUAGAAAAUGUUAUUGCUAAUCCUCAAUUAGUAACACAUAAUCGAUCAUCAGGAGAAUCUGAUGGACCAACUUAUUCAUUUAAUAUGUCAGCAUUAAGUAAUAUUCUUCGUAAUUUACAAGAAAAAAAUCGUUCAUUACCAUUCUUUAAUUUUGGAAUACUUAAAUAUGAAGUUAAACAUUCAGGUAUACCAAACAUUCCUAUACAAGUCUCAUCACAUUGGACACGUACAUUCGAUACAAUAACAAUAAAUAUUAACUAUCGUUUUAAUAGUUCAGCUUUACCUGAAUCAGUUCGAUUAGUUAAUGAUAUUGUCAUGUUUUAUACUAUAAUAACCGAUGGUCAACAAAUUAAUCAAUCAUCACCAACUUGUGAAUGGUCUUCAAAUGAACAUAAAUUAUCAUGGAAAGUUCCAUAUAUAUUUGAUGGAUCAGGAACUCUAUCAGCAACUAUAACAACAAAUCAAACGAGCUUCGAUAGUACUGAUAAUGAACAACAACAAAAACCAUUAACAGCAUCAUCAAUUGUACAUGUACAAUUCCUUGCUGAAAAUGCACUUUUCUCGUCAAUUAAUUUCGAAUUUGCAUGUCGAGGUUAUCGUGUUUCAUUACUUAAAAAGAAAAUUGCUAGUGGUAAAUAUCAAUCAGAACCAGAUCAAAGUGAACCAUUACAAUUCUUUAAACGACCUUCAGUGGAUCAAAAUCGUCUAUCUAUAUCAACUCCUCUUGUGGCUUAA